UUCCUUCUCCUUUCAAGACGUGCAUGCAGAGUGCAAGAUGAAGGUUGAGUUUGCUCCACUCUCCGUGCCACUACAGAGAAGGCUUCAGACAGCGUCGGUGGUUCAAUGGGUCUUUAGCUUCCUAUGUCUAGCACAGUGCUGCACAGCUGUCUUCAUCGCCCUCUUCUUCACCCGUUUUUGGCUGGUCAGUGCCCUCUACGCUGCAUGGUGGUUCAUAGACAGGGAAAAGCCCAGCAAGGGUGGAAGGCGAAUCCAUGCCAUCCGGAACAGUGUCAUCUGGAGGUACAUGAGGGACUAUUUCCCCAUCACGCUGGUGAAGACGGCAGAGCUGGACCCUAGGGAGAACUAUCUGAUGGGAUUUCAUCCCCACGGGGUUCUGGCAGCAGGAGCUUUUCUCAAUUUCUGCACAGAAGCAUCAGGCUUUUCCACGAUUUUCCCAGGUAUCACCCCACACCUGAUGAUGCUCUCCCUCUGGUUUCGCAUCCCCUUCUUCAGGGACUACCUGAUGAGUGGAGGGCUUGUCUCCUCCGACAAGCAGAGCGCAUCCUAUGUGCUGCGGAAGCCAGAGGGUGGGAACAUGCUGGCCAUCAUCGUUGGUGGGGCACAGGAGGCACUGGAUGCCCGGCCAGGAUCCUGCACCUUGCUCCUGAAGAAUAGGAAAGGAUUUGUCCGCCUUGCUAUCCAGCAUGGCACCCCGCUGGUCCCCAUCUUUUCCUUUGGGGAGAACGACCUCUUUGAGCAGGUGAGAAACCCCAAGGGCUCGUGGCUGAGGCAGAUCCAGCACCGGCUCCAACAGAUCAUGGGCAUCUCCCUUCCCCUCUUUCAUGCGCGAGGCAUCUUCCAGUACAGUUUUGGGCUGAUACCCUAUCGGAGGCCCAUCUACACUGUGGUUGGGAAGCCAAUUCCAGUGCAGAGGAAGCACAGACCCUCUGAAGAAGAGGUCGAUCAAGUUCAUCAGAAAUACCUAAAUGAAUUGAGCAAGCUUUUUGAGGAACACAAGGCUAAAUAUAACAUCCCAGAAGAUAGACACCUGGAAUUCAUAUAGAGUUCCUCAAGCAAGGUGAAACGAUGGAGAUCAUGCUUCAAGUUUUUCCCUGUCUCUGGAACUGUUUCACAACCUCACCUUAUUUACGGUCUGCGUAUGGUCCAUACAGUGUAAGGAGAAGGACUUGAUUUUCCCAGCAUUUGCAUGGGAUUUGGGACAGAGCUUUCAUUUUUAGUAGCUGUAGGACACAUAAAAGAUAAAAAGAAAAAGAUAAAGAAAAAGAUAAAGAAAAAGAUAAAGAAAAAGAUAAAGAAAAAAAUAAAUCCCACCUGUGGUCAGCACUGUUGAAACUCCCCAGCAGAAAACUCACACUUCCAGUCUGGCUUGGAGGCCAGUUUUUUUGAGAUUUCCAGGCAGAGAUGAAUAACUGAAAGUUUCCUUUGCUUUAUUUUCAUUUAGUAACGGAUGAUGAACCAUAAAUUCUACUGAAUAUAUAAAUUUUUUUAAAUAGGAUUUCUCUAGGUAAACAAAAGAUCAUUGAUUGCUUGGUGAUCUUCUUGUCUUUAGUUGCUCUAGGUUCUUUUCUUGCCUUCUGAAACCCACUUUGUCAGAAAGCUGAAUAUUUCCAGAAAGAUGCCAGGCAGCCUCAGCAGCCACAUGUCGCCUCAUCUCCCGGGGCAAAAGAGACAAAACCUUUCUAAAGAGCAAAGGCUCAUCCAGAGGGUUCUGGGAGUUCUGCUUGUAAUUUUAUUAGUUUAACCCCAGACACCGCUGCAUGGGAAUGCCUUGAACCAGCCACCAGCAAGAUGGAAGAAUGGAGAAGUGAUUUGUGACAGGAAAUACAAAGCUCAUAAAGCCAUGUUUGGCAGGUGAUCAAGGCUUUAAAUAGCUACUUCUUGAUAUCCAGAACUUUAUUAAACUCUGCACUUAAUGAGAUUUCACAACGUGGAAGUUUUAGGUGGCAGGAGGCCAUCUGCUUAGAUCAGCUCUACAUCACCCCUACAGAACCCUCAUACCAUCACCUUUUCUCUCUCCCUUCAUUUCUCUUUCUCUUCCCUACAUCCCAUUCCCCAUCUGCAAGGAGCCACCGAAAACCCUGCAGAGAUGUGUACUUCAUUAUGCCUGGGAUUUUUUUUACUAUAGCUGCAAGAUUUACACUUCACAAGGAAAACACACAGAACUGUUUCUAAACUGACAAUAUCAUCACUGUGUUUUGUUUUCUUUCCACUAUUCUCCUGCCCUGAUCAAAUUACUCCACCAAAUUCUUAACCUGAAUGACCCACUGCAAAUCCCUCCUAUUCCCAGAAAACAAGAAACAACAGGGAAGAAUUUGAUGGAGCCCUUAUCGACAUCUCUAAACACUCCUGUAAUCCAACACUUAAUCUAGUCAAAUAAAGCAGGUCAACUGCUAUGAUUUCUUGCUUGCUUUCUAUUAAUAGACUUUUUCUUCUGCCCUUAAUUAAAGACAGAGGUGCUAAAGCAGGAGGAAGAUUUAUGCACCAGGAACAUAAAAAUAAUUCUGUUCCACCUUUUUCUUUUGAUGUUCAUCACCAUCCAAGCUUUACUCUAACCCAGAGUUGCAUUAGAAGGUGAGCUUCCCAAACGUCCACAGAGGCCUCAGUCCUCCCUGCUGGGGACCUGGUAUGAUGAUGUCUCCAUUUCUAGAGGUAUACCUACUUGGGAAGUGGGAUGGUCCAACACCUUCCUGACUGGUGAUGCCAUCCUGGAAGAAAGGAAAGACAGAAAAUGGGUGCUUAGGAAAAACAUCCCAAGGAGAAAUGGGGAUCUGAAGCUGUUUGAGGGCUGAUGGGACAUUUAGGGGCAUGCAAGAUCCAAAGGCAAAGGAAUACUAUAGCGCCGGAGAAGAUGGGUCAAAAGAGGGCAUUGGUUAUAUAUAAUUGGCAUCCCUCAAGGUCAGUUUUAUCUUACAGGCUGGAACAUGUCCUUGAUCCCUCAGGGACCUAUAUAACUCUGGAGAGGUCAGUGCCUGCGCUUGUGUCAAAUAUAACAUUAAAAAUUAUAAUUCAUAGGCACCCUUGCAGCCGGGAGCUAUUCAGGGAGGUCAGCGCAAUGAGAGGUCUCAUCUUCUCAAGAGGCCAGAGCCAAAUGCUGUAAGACGAGAAGCUUUUGUACUAUUUUGGCCUCAUGCAGAGCUAUCUGGAGGAUUAAAACUUCUUUGAUGCAACACAAGGCAGGAGAAACCUUAGGAAAACAGGAGUAGCCAGA